AUGUCCUCCCUAACAAUCUCAGACCCCAUCUUGGCCAAGGACAGCACAAUCGUGGUCUCGGGCGCAAAUGGCUUCAUAGCAUCCCACAUCGUCGACCAGCUCCUCGCCGCCGGCUACCGCGUCCGCGGCACGGUCCGCGACGCCGCAAAGUACAGUUGGCUCUCAGCCCAUUUCGAAAAGACCUACGGCCCAGGCCGCUUCACCCUCCACGCCGUGCCCGAAGUGACCAAAAACGGCGCCUUUGAUGAAGUCCUCAAGGGUGCCGACGGCGCGAUCCACACAAUCGCAAUCACGAAUAUGAACCCGGACCCCAACGCCGUCGUGCCCCCAAACGUCGACGCGACUCUCUCCAUCGCGCGUUCCGCCGCCUCAACCCCGUCCCUCAAACGCUUCGUCUACACCUCCUCCUCCGGCGCCGCCGCCAUGCCGACCCCCAACGUCCCCUACGAAGUCAACGCCGACACGUACAACGAGCAAGCCGUUGCCAUCGCCUACUCCGGCAAGGGGCCCGGCGGUCUUGCGGGGGGUUAUAUCGCCUACUCCGCCGCAAAGACAAAGGCCGAGCAGGCGUUGUGGAAGUGGUAUUCUGAGGCGAAGCCCGGGUUCACAUUGAACUCGAUCGGAAUCCUCAAGUCUCUCUGGCAGGGCCACGUCUCUCCUGAAUUCGUCGCCAUGUUCCCAGCCCAAUGGUUCUGCGACGUGGUCGAUAUCGCGCGCAUCCACAUCGCCGCCCUGCUCUUCCCAGACGUCCAGUCCGAACGCCUCAUCGCAUAUGCCGGCCGCUUCAACAUCAACGACAUCCUCGCCGUCUUCCGCGAAACGCAGCCUAGCCGUAACUUCCCCGCCGACCUCCCCGAUCUCGGUGUCGACGUAGGCAAAAUCGCCAACGAGAGAGCGACGGAAUUGAUGAAGAAGCUGGGGGGAGGAAAGGGCUGGACCAGUCUUGAGGACUGCAUUGCGCCACUUGCUAAGCAAUACGCUGCCUCUGAGGCCAACUGA